AUGACAGAUGUUAUCCCGAUUAGGGUAGUCGUUCGUGUACGACCGCUCAGUAGUCGAGAAAAAGCAGAAAAUUCUCAAGAAUGCGUGCAGUGCUUUGUAGAACAAAAUCAGAUAGCUAUUAAUGGGAAGAUGUUUGCCUUUGAUAGCGUAUUUGAUCCCAGCACACUACAAGAAGUUGUUUACGAUAUCUGUGCUGCCCCUCUGAUUGAAAAAAUAUUUGAGGGCUAUAACUGCACCAUUCUUGCAUAUGGACAAACAGGCAGUGGCAAAACAUACACAAUGGGUAGCGAAGAAGCGUCGAUGGACAUGUCGAUUGAAGAACGUGGUAUCAUUUCACGAAUAGUUGAUUCUAUUUUUAUGGAAAUCGAUGGCUCAGAAAAGUAUCGAGUUACGGCAUCGAUGCUUGAAAUUUAUGAGGGGAAAGUUAUGGACUUGCUUUCUAUUAAUCGGCAACGCCUUCAUAUUCGGGAAUCGAAAGGAGUUGUUUUUGUACAGGGAUUAUCUGAACAUCCAAUUAAAUGUCUUACAGACGCAUUAGAUUUAUUGAAGAAAGGGUGCCACAUGCGAAGUAAAGGAGAAACGGCAAUGAAUGACAAGUCAUCACGUUCACAUGCCAUUUUCACGUUGUGUAUCGAAAAAAACGAAUCAGAUAAUAAUGCAAAACUAAAGUCAAAAUUGCAUCUCGUUGAUCUGGCUGGUUCGGAACGUUUGAAAAAAACUCAAGCUGAAGGAGAGAGAAUGAAAGAAGGCAUAAAAAUUAAUGAAGGUUUACUAGCUUUGGGAAAUGUGAUUGCUGCUUUGACAGACCGGAAUACCAGUUCUCGUCAUGUCCCAUACCGAGUCGCAAAAAUCACGCGACUUCUUCAGGACUCACUCGGAGGAAACAGCUACACUGUGAUGAUAGCAUGCAUCUCACCAGCUGAUACAAAUGCUGACGAAAGUUUAUCAACACUUCGAUAUGCUGAUAGGGCAAAACGAAUCAAAAACAAACCAACUGUGAAUAUUGACCCGCACAUUGUUUUGGUACAAAGUUUAAGAGAUGAAUUAGCAAGUGUAAAACAUGAAUUGGCAACGUUGUAUGCGAAACAAAAUUUUGGAGACAAGCGAACAGACGAGACACAAACAAAAUGCCCCAGAUGCGAAGAAUUAGAGGCGGAAAAGGAAUUGAUUCGUAGGGAUCAGGAUUGCCGAAAUUUAUUUUUCGCAGAAGCAAUAACACAAAACUCAAAAUUGGUCGAUCAGUUCAUAGCUUCACAGCAGAUUAUUGAACAGUUCAAAAGUCAUAUAAAAGAAAUAAAAAGCAAAAUUGACAAUAAGCAAUAUGAUGAAGCUUCGGAGAUUCUGAGUUCGGCUAUGAAAUCUCGAUUUCCUGUUGAAGAAAAGCAGCGAGAAGUAUUAGAUGAUGGUUCUAUAUCAAGUAUUUGGGCCAGUGUGGGUGAUGCAGAUGAUGAAACGUCUGAUCAGGGUUUUGUCAGUAAUUUCACCGAGAAGCAAAUAGCGCUGAACAAAAAUAUGACAAAUAUUCUGGAAGAAAUCAACCAAAAGGAGCUGGCAUUCGAGGCAACAAUCGCUUCGCAAACUGAAAUAGCGAGGAUGCGUGAUACAUUUGCUUCUGAUUUGGGACAGUUGCAGAAAAAGUUGGAUGCAUUAGAAAAGGAAAAGCAAGAAUUGCUGAACAAAAUAAAAGGCUCUAGCAUCCAUCACAAGUUGAGCGAAGAUAGACGUAAACGCCUUCAGGAGCUUGAGAAAGAAGUAAACGAAAACAAGAAACGUAUAACAGAAAUUCAGCGAUUGCAGAAAAGAAACAUUCGAUUAGAGGAACAAUCAAAAAAAUUCGUUAUGGAGAUAGCGGAUUUGAAAAAAUCACUGGUUAAAAUGUCAAAGCAAAUGAAGGAAGAAGAAGUGAAAUUUAGGAAAUGGAAGGCAACUGCUGAUCGUCAAAUGGAGCAGUUAAAUAGUCAGGCACGCAAGCGGGAAGUAGAAUUAGCUCGGGCACAACAAAACAAGGAUUUACAGUUAACUGUUUAUCGGCGAAAAUACGAAGAAGCAAGUGCGUGCAAUCGACGGCUUCAAAUGCAGCUUGCCAAAUGCACUGCUCGCACCAAAACAAGUGACAAAAGGCAGUUUAUUUCAUCUUUGGACGAUGAAUUGGCUGUAGCUUAUUCCGCAGCUGAAGCAGAAAUUCACUGUCAAGUGCUGAUAGAGCAACGCAAAGUUCUUUCCACUCAACAGCAGAAUUUACUGAGGAAGUUAAACGAAUUAAAGCAUGAAGCUGAAUCUAGUCAGUCAUUGGAUUAUGAAGAUGAAAAGAAGACGAUUGAAGAGCAGCUGAAAAGGUUGCAAAAAGAAAUCGAAUUAAGAGGCAGUGAGCUUGGUGAUAUACAAAAAAAAUGUACAACAGCUUGUUCAGAUGAGCAACGUGACCAACUAUGGAAUUCAUUAAAUAAUCUGUCAGAAGCAAAGACAGCACUGCGUCGUUUGUUCAAUGCGACUGUGAAUGAAAAGCGAUCGUCUUUGGAAAAAGAGCUAAUAAUUGAAGAACAGAAGCGAAAUUCGAACGACAUAUUAGAAAAGUAUAAACGUGAGUUGACGGCAGUACAAAGAGAACUUUCGAGCGUAAAAAUUCAAAUGGAGAAUAUGAGGAAGAAAUUCGCAGAAUCUGAACGAUGUUACGCUCAAGAUGAAUGCGAUAUGAUAAAUAUUUGGAACCGAAUGGCAGAAGGACACUUUGACCUUCCAGAUCAUGUAGUUAAAAAUUUAAGUUUGGUAAAAGGAGCAGCAGAAAACUUUGUUAAAUUUCAGCAAAAUUUACAAAAGCAAAUCUACAGUCGUCGGCUUCGUCGUAGAACUGGAUUAGCAGGUUCUGUGGGAUCUGAUAUCCCUUUCCCUACAAGUAUUCCUGAAGAAGAACAAAAAGAAGAAACAGACACAAAAUAUCAGUUACGACAAAAUCAGAAAACAGUGGAACGUUUAGGAGCUAUUACUGAUAUCAGUGAAAUAUAUGCUGACGAGAGUGAGGAACAUAAAUCUGUUUCCGAUGACGACAUUUCAUACCGUCCAUCUUCGUCAAAGGAUAGGAAGCGUUCAUCCAAUGUUACCGAUGCUGAACAUCAAGAUGUUUUCACCUCAAGAAAAAAAAUUCAUUUGGAUAGAGAACAAAAUAGUGAAGUUCCAGGGCCCAGCAAAGAUUCCGAUUUUCAUUCAAAUGAAACGUAUAAUAUUGUGCAAGGACCAAAGGAAAGCGAAUUGAUUUCGGAGCUGAGUUCUAUCCUGGAUAAUAAGCCAAUUAUUACGAGUGAUCUUUUCGAUAACAAAUAA